AUGGACCCUGGCGCCCUCUUCCGGAGGUCCAACCGUGACAAAGAUGAUGCCGCCAAUGCAGCCGCCCAGGCAGAGUUCAACGACAAGAGGCGGAUGUGGGUUCCCGACCCAGUUGAGGGGUUCUUACCAGGUUGGAUCAAGUCUCAAUCUGGAGAUGAGGGUAGUCCCGACGCAACAGCCCAAGUGGUCAUCGCUAGUACAGGGGAGAUGAGAAAUGUACCUCUGUGGUCUUUGUCGCCUAUGAACCCUCCGCAAUUCGAUGGCGUGGAAGACAUCGCAGACUUGACGCAUCUCAAUGAAGCGAGCGUCAUCAACAUUCUCAAACUCCGUUACGGAGCAGGGACCAUCUACUAUCUUUUCUUGAUUUCACUCAACCCUUACCGCUCUUUACCCAUAUACACUCCAAGGAUCAUCGCACAGUAUCGGUCCAGAAGAAGAGAGGAGAACUCUCCACACAUCUUUGCUGUUGCGGAAAGAGCGUGGCAGCAGAUAGGCGAAGAAAGGGAAUCUCAGAGUAUUCUCAUAACAGGAGAAUCGGGCGCAGGAAAGACUGAGAAUACCAAGAAGGUUAUCCAAUACCUCGCAGCCAUCGCUUCGUCCACGAUCUCCUCCUCUGAUUCCUCGUCCUCCUUGUCCCGAUCAAAGUCAAUUUCCACAGCGCCGCUCUCGGGUCUACCUCGGUCCUCAAGCUACAAGGGCAAAGAAGCAGACGAGAUUGAUUUGUAUGGUCUGGCCCAAACACCAAAUCAGCAACCACUGGGUCUGCUCGAAAGACAGAUCUUACAAGCCAAUCCCAUCUUGGAAGCCUUCGGAAAUGCCCAGACCAUGCGUAAUAACAACUCUAGUCGAUUCGGCAAGUUCAUCCGGAUUUUCUUCUCACCCAGCGGAGCCAUUGCUGGCGCAAACAUCGAUUGGUACCUACUCGAAAAAAGUAGAGUAACCGCUCGAGCUGAGGGCGAAAGAUGUUUCCAUGUUUUCUAUCAAUUGCUGCGGGGCGCCAAGGAGGCCGGACUGAGUCAACGACUUCUGCUGGACAGCAAUGCCAACAAGUACGAAUUUCUGAAAAGAUCUCGACUUGAAAUUGAUGGAGUGGACGAUCUGACAGAAUGGCGACUUCUGAUCGAGGCUCUUUCGGUAGUGGGAUUUUCCGAGGAGGAACGUCUUGAACUGUUUCGGAUCCCUGCGGUGAUCCUUCACAUCGGCAAUAUCAUCCUCACAGGCUCAUCUUCCAAUCAAGCGCUUCUUCCCUCCGAGCAUCAACCUUUGGCGGACAAGGUUUGUCACCUCUUAGGUAUCCCGGUCAAGGAGUUCUCAAAGGCUGUCCUGUCCCCAAAGGUACUGGCGGGGAGAGAAUGGGUCACUCAAAGCCGGACGAAGAAGCAAGCCGAAGACGAGCUCUCUGCAUUAUGCAAGUAUAUGUACGAGAAGACCUUUGGGUGGAUGGUGGAGAGGAUCAACAAGGCGCUCGACCGACCUAGUGCCAAAUCGCUUUCCAUCGGGGUGUUGGAUAUUGCUGGGUUCGAGAUCUUCGAGGAGAAUAGCUACGAGCAAUUGCUCAUCAACUUCACGAACGAAAAGCUGCAACAAUUUUUUAACUUCCACAUGUUCACUCUCGAGCAAGAAGAGUAUGCGCGAGAAGGUAUCGAAUGGAAUUACGUCAACUUUGGCCUCGAUCUUCAACCCACCAUAGAGCUCAUCGAAUCUUCUCAACCUAUCGGUAUCUUAUCUUGUCUCGAUGAAGAGUGCAUCAUGCCCCGAGCGACCGACGUCACCUUCACUGAGAAAGUCACUUCAAUGUGGGAGCCGCGCAAAGGGUCUAGCCCUAGACAUCCCGGUUCGUCCAAAUUCAGGUCCACUCGCUUUGGAGCGGGUUUUACUGUCCGACACUAUGCGGGCGACGUGGAAUACCGAACUUCCGGUUGGUUGGAGAAGAACAAAGACCCUAUCAAUGAUGCUGUCGCUCGUCUCCUCGCUCAGUCGGAAAUUCCUAGUAUUGCCAAUCUCUUCGCUGAUUACGCCGAGGAGGCAGCCACGACGGGUGUUCACAAAAAAGUCAAACGAGGUGCCUUUAGAACUGUCGGGCAACGACAUAAAGAACAGUUGGGUCAACUCAUGCAACAAUUGUCUGCAACUCAACCACACUUUGUCCGUUGUAUUGUUCCGAACACUGAGAAGAAACCGGGGAAAGUGGAAAUGAACCUCGUCAUGGAUCAACUUCGAUGUAAUGGUGUCUUGGAAGGUAUUCGGAUAGCCCGACUCGGAUAUCCUAACCGACACUCUUUCGCAGAGUUCCGACAAAGAUACGAGGUUUUGACACCUGGUAUAAUACCCAAAGGCUAUAUCGACGGACGAAAAGCCGCUGAGAAGAUUGCCAAAGCUUUGGAGCUGGACGAGCAGGUAUACAAGAUCGGUGCGACUAAGAUUUUCUUCAAAGCUGGCGUUCUGGCAGAGUUGGAGGAGCGACGCGACAAUCUUCUCACAGAUCUGUUCAAAAGAUUCCAAGGGGCAGCUCGGAUGAGUAUUGCCAGACGUAAGUUCAAAAAGCUUUUGAAUCGCAGUCAGGCUGUCCAGACUAUACAACGUAACGCGAGGAUAUAUAUCCAAUUGCGAGAUUGGCCUUGGUGGAGUUUGUACGUCAAAGUACGGCCUCUGUUAUCUGCUACCCGGACAGACGACGAGCUCGUGCGAAAGCAAGCUGAAUUGACUAUGGCCAAGGAGCGUGCAGAGCGUGACGAAGCGGAGAAGCGUCGAUUAGAAGAUCUACGAGUAGCUAUGAUCGCAGAGAAGCAAAAGAUCGAGGUGGAUCUCGAGGCAGAGCGCCAAUUGGCAAGGGAUAAGGAUCGCAUGUUGGAGCGAAGUAAGCAAAGAGAAGCUGAACUAUUGGAGAAGAUUUCGGAGUUGGAAAAUGAUAUCGAUAUCUUGGAUGGGGAUCGAGAGGCGGCACUGAGAGAAGCAGAAAAGGCCAAGAGGCAAGUGGCACAGAUGCAACUGGACUUUGAUCAGUUGGUCGAACAAGCAUCUUUAUUGGAGAAAGAAGGGUCGGCUUGGCGUCAGAGAGAAGCGGAGCUUCUUCGCGAGACCAAAGACAGAUCACAAGGACUGGCAAAGGUCGAAAAGGAUAGAGUUGCAUUGGAACAGACGGUCGAUGAGCUGAAGAGGGAGGUGGAGAAGAAAGAGGAGACAUCGAGACGAACUAAGGAGAGGGCAGAUAUGAGUAUUCUCGAAUUGGAGAAACGGUUGCAACUGGAGAAAAACAAACUAGAAUCGGGGAACACCCAGGUAGCGGCUCUGAAAGAUGACCUGCUGCAUCUCAAGACGAAGCACGACGAUUUAGCGCAGCUGGUCAAACAGCAGGAGAAAACGUUAGCAGCCAAACAACGACAAAUAGGGGAACUCGAGAACCAACGAGCUGCCACGCAAAAAGCGCAAGAAAAGGCCGACCAAUCUCGUUCUGCUCUCACAGUUAAGAUCGAUGCCCUGACCGCCGAGCUUCAAGCAAAAGACAAAGAGCGCCAAUCGGAUGCGUCUGUCCGGCAAAGGCUCGAGAAAGAGCUAGACGACCUCAGGAAGGUUAUGGCGGCCAAAUCCAGCGAAGAUGUCAAGCGACAAGAAGCUGAUAGGAGCAGAGAGGCCGAGAUGGGCAGGCUGAGAGACCAAGUCGGUCAGCUGCAACAGGCCCUGGAUCAUCAGAGAGACAGUUCGGCACAACUGGCCAACAAGCUCAAAGUUGACGUCGAGAGUUUGAGAACGAGUCACACUACUGCAUUGAAGGAUCUCAAGGCUGCUCAAAGCUUGUUGAAGGAAAAAGAGGCUGCGUUAGUGACUGCUUCGGCUUCGAGCGCGCAGGCGGACGCCGUGAAGAGGCAAGUCGAGGCGGAAGUGGUUGCUGUGCGUGAUCGAUUACAAGUGACUGAGAACAAGCUUCAAACCGUGUCGAAUGCCAAGGAGGAUAUGGAGAAGAAGCUAUCUAAAGCGAAGACGGACUAUGACGACCUCGAAGAUGCCGUACUGGCGAUUGAAAACGAGAAAUCCGAUUGGGCGAAACGGCUUGAGAUGGUCUCUCGGCUUCAUGCGGAGGAAUUGUCUAAAAGACAACAUCUCGAGCAGCAAAUAUAUGACAGUCAAGUCGAGUUGGCCGAACAUCGUAAUGUUGCCAUGCAAGCCGAACGCGAUCUGGCCAAAGCUGCGGGGGAUAUCAAAGCUCGAGAUGCGGAAAUUGCCCUCUUGCGCAGUCGUGAGAACAAGACUGUUGUUGAACAUUACCAUGUAUUGGAACAGGCAAAGAAGUUCACCGACAAUCAAUUAGCCGAACAGAUCAAAGAGAAUUCAAGAUUGAAUACUGUUCUCAAGAGUUUGGAAGUUCAUCGAAAUCGACUUAUUGCCGAUUUGGAAGAUACGACUCGUCAACUAGAGAAAGCUAGAAGUGCUCGGAGUAGGGAAGCUCGAUCUGCCAGAGCAAGUCUUACAGCUGCGGAGAAAGAUGAAUCCAUGUUACUUGAAGAAGCAAAUCGCGCUAAACAGAUAGCAGAGGCUCGUGUUGCUUCUUUGGAAAAGGAUCUUCAGGAUCAACGAAGACAAAUGUCAUUAUCUUCCAAUACCCUUUCCCCUUCUCGUCCUUCUACAUCUUCAGAUUUGAAAAUACAAAGACAACAAGAAGAGAUUGCUAGACUUGAAGAAGCCUAUAAAUCUUCAUUAGCGGAAAAUUCUCAACUCCUCUCUGAACUCUCCUCAAUACGAUCCCAAUCUAGAAUGUCGACAAAUGAAAAUGCUCAUCUGGGUAAUCGAGCGGAUCUCUUACGCGGUCUACAACAAUCUCAUGAUGCUUUAGGUAAAGACAUGUCAGAUCAAUUGAGGAAAUUGGACGCUACACCAUUAACACCAUCAAGAAGAACCAAUACCUCUUUCUCUAUGAAAGAGAUGAAAAAGAGUUUUUAUAUGAAAGAGUACAGGAUUUACAAGGUGGAGAAGGGAUAA